AUGGGCCUGUAUAUCUUGACUACUGUCACAUUGAAGAUCAGCCUGGCCAUCUUCUUCCUUAGAAUCGUUGUCCGAACUUGGCAACGAAGGGUCAUCUACGCUGUUACGAUAGUCUACUCGGUUUAUGCCAUCGCCUUUGCCUUCGUUGCUGUCUUUCAGUGCGGUAUACCGACCAACUUCUUGAUCAAAGAAGCCGUUGGAGUCUGUAUCAAAGACGACAUCCUCCAGCCGCUCAACUACAUACACUCAUCUCUCAACGCCCUCAGCGAUUGGACAUUCGCAUGUCUACCAGUCUUCGUACUCUGGAACUCCAAAAUACCACGGUCUGCGAAAAUUUCAUCCGGUCUUCUACUCAGCCUCGGAGGGAUUGGCAGUGUCAUCUCUCUGAUCCGCAUCGCAUAUAUCCCAGGGUUGAAGACCGGUCCUGCAUUCUUCACGAACGCGAUAAAUAUUGGUGUUUUGUCCCUGACGGAACCAGGAUUGGGUGUGGUUGCAGCAUGUCUGGCAACACUUCGACCACUAUUCAAGAAUAUGAUGGAGAAAGCCCGUACCACAAACACAAGCAACAGCAGCAAGUCCCUCAGCCACAACUCCAAGGGAUCAUCACAGCGAAAAGCAGUCUAUUCUGGCGCCAGAUUCACCGAGCGCGGGUAUCUACAGAUGGACGACGACAAGAAGCCGAGCAAAAUGGGCAACUUCACCAGUGUGGUUGGCGACUUGAAGAGCGCACCACCCGGUCAAGUGUACGAACUGGAUCCCAUCGCUGAACGAUCAAAUUCGUUAGAAAGCACAAGGUCAAAUUCCGCCGCGGCGAAGCCCCUCGACGUGACACUCUCUGGACCAGUCACUGUCGGCUCACUGCGGAACAAGAGCUGGUUUCCUGACGAUGAAGUUCUUAUGACCAAACACGUCAAGAUCUACGAUGAGGAGGCGGCCGAGUGGCCAAUGCCGCCUCGUAGGGAAGAGUGA